AUGUUACCAGCUGAUAACUCAUUUUAUAAAUAUAUUAUUAGAAAUGCUAUUCAUAUAUUGGAUGUUUGGAUUCUAAGUAAGGAAGAAGAAAGACCAGCGUACUUAUGUAAGUUUCUUCAAAAUCUACCCUUACUAAUUAGUCAAAAUGAUACAUCAAUAACACAAGCUUCAAUACCAUUAUCAGCUUCAUCAUUUACAA